CGGGCCGCGGCGUCGGGAGGCUGCGGCGCGGAGGGGCGCGGCGCCCCCGACCUUCCGCGUCUCCGGGCGGCGGCGGCGGUGACGGGGGCAAGCGAACCUGAGCCGGCUGCUCCAGAAUGAACCGCAGUUCCAGGAAGGGGAAGUAGAAGCCCAGCUGGCUCUCUGCCAUGGCCUGUGAACCACAGAUGGACCCCGGAGGGGCGGCCAGCCCGCUGCCCACCUCCCCUGCCUGGAGCGCCCUGCCGAGGGGGAGCCCUCCUGGGUGGGGACAAGGUUCGGACGGCCAGCGAGCGAUGCCUUUGGUUUUGGCCUCCUCCAAGGUGGCUGUCACUCAGCCAGACGAGGCUUCUGGUCUGUUCCCAGAGCUCCACAACGGCCAGGUCCUCACAGUCCUCCGGAUCGACAAUACCUGUGCACCCUUGGCCUUCGAUCUGGGAGCCGCGGAGGAGCAGCUGCAGACCUGGGGCAUUCAGGUCCCUGCUGACCAGUACAGGAGCCUGGCCGAGAGCGCCCUCUUGGAGCCCCAAGUGAGAAGAUACAUCAUCUACAACUCGAGGCCCAUGCGGCUGGCCUUUGCCGUGGUGUUCUAUGUGGUGGUCUGGGCCAACAUCUACUCCACCAGCCAGAUGUUCGCCCUGGGCAGCCACUGGGCGGGUGUGCUGCUGGUGACCCUGGCUGCCGUGAGCCUGACCCUGACGCUCAUGCUGGUCUUCGAGAGGCAGCAGAGGAAGGCCAACACUAACACAGACCUGAGGCUCACGGCUGCCAAUGGAGCCCUCCUGAGACACCGGGUGCUGCUGGGCGUGACAGACACCGUGGAAGGAUGCCAGAGUGUCAUCCAGCUCUGGUUUGUCUACUUCGACCUGGAGAACUGUGUGCAGUUUUUGUCUGACCAUGUUCAAGAAAUGAAGACUAACCAGGAGUCCUUGCUGAAGAGCAGACUGAGCCAGUUGUGUGUUGUCCUGGAGACGGGGGUGAGCCCCACCAUGGCAGAGGGCCCCGAGAGCUUGGAGGAGGCUCCUCUCCUGCCCAGCAGUCCUCGUCCCCAGGAGAGACCGCUCAUGCAGACUCAGCUCCACCAGCUGGUUCCUGAGGCUGAGCCGGAGGAAAUGGCCCGACAGCUGCUGGCAGUGUUUGGUGGCUACUACAUCCGGCUCUUGGUGACCUCCCAGCUGCCCCAGGGGGUGGGGACACGGCACACAGACUCUCCGAGGAUCCCGUGCCCCUGCCAGCUCAUAGAAGCCCACGUCCUGGGCACAGGGUGUUGCCCAUUCCUGGCCAGGUGACCGAGGGAAGAGGACACUCAUCUUCCACCCAGACUGAGGCGCAGGGGAGGCCUCAGGAGCCCAGGAUGGCCAGUGGCAAGCCCCUGGCGAGCAGGGGAGCAUGGGGCCGCACCCGAGGGUGUCAGUCACACGGACACCAUGCUCGAGCCGGCGCCCUGCACGGAGCGCUCGUCAGCACCCCUGGCUGCGCUGGAGCGCGGUGGCUGGGCGGGUCCUGCCCCGGCCGCAGCUGGAAGGGGGUCCUCAUUCCUCAUUCGGCCGGCAGGGGAAGUCCUGUGUCCGAGCUCGUCUCACCUGGUGCUCUGCUCCCUAGCCCUGUGUGUCCCGUGGGGAACCUGAGGCCCAGAGUGGACCCUGCUCUUCAGACUUUGCCUCUGACCUCUGGGUUUGAAGGCUGCCUCUCCUAGCUGAAGAAAAGGAACUUCUCAGACUCUGCUCCAUUCUUAGGUUUCCUCCCCUGUGUUUACUGAAGCAUAGUGUCGCCUGCUGGCCCUCAGGUCUCAGGACGGAAGAGGGAGAUGAAGGUCAGACGAGCCUCCGAUGGGAAGAGAGGGCCGGCGGGACUGGCUUGACCUGCUCGUCUUGUGGUCCGCGCUGCAGACAGCACGGCUGUGUGUCCCGACACUAACGCUGAAGUGAAGCGAGCUCAGUCACUCGUGAAAUCCUGUGAGGAGUGCGGAGACCCCACGUGUCCUCCUCCCCGCAAUGUCUGAGGACCACUCGCUGCACAGAUGCCAGUCCUUACGUGCUGGCCUGGCAUCUGAGGGCUCCCACCCCCACAGAGCCUUUCAUCCGUUGAGAUUCCUUCCUGGGCUGGCCUGCCCAUUCCUUUCCAGCUUGUGGAUCUCACUCAUGCUUCAAAGCCCAGCUUUCCUGGCCCCUCCUUCAGGAAGAUUCCCAGCACACUCAGCCCUGCCGUCUCCUUUAAAUUCUUGAUACAGUUGCUGCUUGUAUUGACGUUUUAUGUUACUGAUCUAGUUUUCCUGUGUGUAUGCGUGUUUUUUCUAGCUGGAUUGUAAACUUCUCAGGGUCCCAGAUGGCACCUUAUACUUUUUGUGCAUGACUUAGUCCUGCUAAAGGAAAAAAAAAAAAAAAACAAAAAAAA